AUGCGCUAUUCAGAAUACGACACUCCGGCGCGCAGUGAACGCUCCCCCACCACAGCAAGUGACUUCGCCUGGACAGCAUUGACGCACGUUCGCGCGGUAACCACCACCGGACAAGACACCGAGGCACGGGGAGGUUCAUCCGCAGGUCGUCUCACCGUCGGCGGUGCCCCUCAUAAAGUAUGUAACAAGAAACCAACGAGACGAGUCGAGCCCUACGCCUUCUCGUCUCCACCACAUCAAGGGCUAUAUCCACCCCAGUGCCAUCCUGCAUCAGCAGUUCAAACCACCACACCGCCACCAGUGGCUCUGCCCGAACUGUCCACCCCAGAAGAGGAGCGGAUAAACACAAACAGAGAAAAAAAAGCCACUGGGGCCAGUCAAACCAGUCAGCCAGUUUAA